GGAUAUCGAUCCAAGUGCUUUACAUAAAGCCGUUGACAAAGUUGAAAGAGAGUAUGAAAAAGCACGUGUUGGUGAGGAGGCAGCUGCAGUUUGUAAUGUUGUUAUGGAUAUCCCUUCUACAAAGCGUAAAGGAUUUCACCCCCUAGAUGAUAAUCUUGGCAUUCCUACAACUUUUCCAGAUCAAAUCGACUUCCUUUGUUGGAUUGAAGUAGGACUUAGGCAAAAUAGAGUGAGAGACGUAUAUACGCCAAAAGACAAUAUUUUGGCCCAAGCGUUAAACUUUGAAGUUGCAAGCAUUUCCGAUAAGAAAUGGUUUUAUUCUAUGGUUUAUGGCGGAAAUUUUUUAGACGAUUCUCAUAUCGAUAUCGUUAUGUAUUACAUUCGCAAGAAAGCAAAGUACAAUCCACACAACGGAAUGCGAAUAACGACAACAGACUGUUUAUUUGACAACAGAUUGAUGAGUUUGUUUAAACUCUAUUUGAAGAACAAGGGAGAUGUAACAACAAUCCAGGAUAUUAACAUUGUGACUGAUUAUGUGCAAGGACACGGUAUGCUAUGCAACACACAUUGGAAGGAUGUCGACGAGGUCCUCUUCCCAAUGCAUUUAGGGAAAAAAAACAUUGGAUAUUGGGGCGCUUAGUGUUCAAAGAUAGGCGUAUAUACAUCUACAAUUCUUUGAAGUCUCCAA